UCAGGAGAGCAGGUCCCGCCCACAAAUCACACCUUAAAAUCGCAUUUAAGGGGUCUGGGAGACACAAUCCACAUCAGAAGGUCCCACGACAACAAGCUGCAUCAUGUACGUCGCUGCACCUCUUCUCGUUCUAUUCUUCCAACGGCUGGCGUCCGCCUUCCCUGUGGACGGCGAUGAAGAGUGGCUAUCCAAAUCCCGAAUUCUUCCUGACAUUCUGCCCGACAUUUCGGCCUUGAAGAACCAAUUCCAAGGGGUCGACUGGGAUGGCGUUGGAGGUGCAGCUGCGUGGGCAGGAGGGAAGGUGGCCGAAGGAGCCGUAGGGGAAAGCGGAAAGGACAUCUUCGAUUGGGCGAAGGAUUUUGCCAAAUCGAAAAAGCUGAAAGGAGCAAACGCCAAGGUGGCGGAGUUCGUGCUGAAAUCGUUGGCCGCUGGAAUCCUGCGAGAGGCAGGGGCUGACAUCUACGACUGGGGCAAGGGGAAGGUAAAGAAGCAUUUUUAAAACUGAUCGACGAAAUUUGUUGAUUCCCGCGCUCCGCGUUUUUUUUCAAUUUCUGUUCUGUGGUGGGGGUCAGACCCAUGUUUGCUGUUUUAAUAAAGUUGAUGUUCAGCUAAA